UAAUUCCACGCCGCCAGCAAAGAAAACGCAAGAGGGGCUUGAGCACACCACGUUCUCUUUUUAUUUCCCACGCAAUUUCAUACAUAUAUAUAUACCUUCGCCUUCUCCGUCUCCACAAACCCUAGAAAUUUCCUCUUCCAGAGAUUCUCGCUCUCAACCUCUAAAAUCUAGUCAGAAAGGAUUUAUUUUCGGACAUUUCCGGAAAAAUCUGAAUCGAGAUGGCGUCGUUUGCGGAAGCGCCGCCUGGAAACAAGGCCGCCGGAGAGAAGAUUUUCAAGACCAAGUGCGCUCAGUGCCAUACCGUCGACAAAGGAGCUGGCCAUAAACAAGGACCUAACCUGAAUGGUCUCUUUGGAAGGCAGUCUGGAACUACAGCUGGUUAUUCGUACUCCGCUGCCAACAAGAACAUGGCUGUCAUUUGGGAAGAGAAGACUCUGUAUGAUUACUUGUUGAAUCCCAAGAAGUAUAUACCCGGAACGAAGAUGGUUUUCCCAGGAUUGAAGAAGCCUCAGGACCGUGCUGAUCUCAUUGCAUACCUGAAGGAGUCCACAGCAUAAGCGUGCAGAGCAUUACUUACCGUACUUUUGUCAUUUUGCAGUUGGGAGGCACAAUUUACCUUUUGAGUAGCAAAAAAAACAAAUUUCUCUCUAAUAAAUAAUUCUUUGGACUACUUUUUGUUAUUAAACCAAGUCCCUAGUUUGAAGUCCCUCUUCUAAGAGGCAAUAGUUUCAGAUGGAAAUAAAUCUUGAGUACAUUAUGUUUUGUCUAGUUACUAAAGUUCAAAGCAUGUUUGCUUGAACAUUUUUUUUCUAAUAGUAGCCCCUAUUCUGGUCUGUCAAAGAUCUAGACUACAAAUUCUUAUGAUAUGAAUUCGUCUAUAUCCAA